AUGACUGAGACUAAAGAAAACAUUUUCCUCUUCGUUCCUAAUAUCAUCGGAUUCGCACGGAUUAUUCUCGCUAUUGUAUCCUUUUAUUACAUGCCUACACAUUGUGCAUUAGCAUGUGUUUGCUACAUAACUUCUGCUUUGCUGGACGCCGUGGAUGGCCACGCAGCACGAUUUCUAAAUCAAAGUACUAAGUUUGGUGGAAUGUUAGAUCAGUUGACAGACCGGGCUGGAACAGCUGGACUUAUGAUGAUACUUGCUACUUUUUAUCCACGUUACACAUUCUGGUUCCAAUUAUCAAUGGCUAUUGAUAUAACUGGUCACUGGAUAUAUCUGCACACAUGCACAUUACAAGGGAAGACUUCCCAUAAAUUUAUAAACAUGGCUGAGAAUCCCAUAAUGCAUGUGUAUUACACAAACAAAACUGUACUUUUCCUCAUGUGUGCAGGAAAUGAAGCAUUUUAUGCAGCUCUCUAUGUUAUGCAUUUUUAUACUGGACCUGAGGUUCUGGGUAUUGGAUUGUUCAAAUUAAUAGCUCUUCUGACAAUGCCAGUAGCAGUGGUUAAAGCAGCCAUCUCUGUCCUCCAUGCCAUUGUUGCAUCCCUUAAUUUGGCUAUUAUUGAUGUAAAUGAGAGGGCUGCAAUUUCGGAAAAACAGAAGAACUAA